CUGAGAACGUCUAGGGUUUUAGCCACCACCACCCACCUUUUCUUCUUCAAACCCACAGAGAGAGAAAGCUCUCAGAAGGUGAGUGAAAAUGCCGGCCGGUCAUGGUGUGAGAGCCAGAACAAGGGAUCUCUUUGCCCGGGGAUUCAGAAAGAAGGGUUACAUCCCAUUGUCGACCUACCUUAAAACUUACAAGAUCGGCGAUUACGUUGACGUCAAAGUUAAUGGCGCCAUCCACAAGGGCAUGCCCCACAAGUUCUACCACGGCCGCACUGGCCGCGUUUGGAACGUCACGAAACGCGCCAUCGGUGUCGAGGUUAACAAGCAGGUGGGUAACAGGAUAAUUAGGAAGAGGAUUCAUGUUCGUGUGGAGCAUGUGCAGCCUUCCAGGUGUGCCGAGGAAUUCAAGCUGAGAACGAAGAAGAAUGAUGAACUCAAGGCUGAAGCCAAGGCAAAAGGUGAGGUCAUCAGUACUAAGAGGCAACCAGAGGGUCCUAAACCAGGUUUCAUGGUGGAAUGUGCAACAUUGGAAACUGUCACACCCAUUCCUUACGAUGUUGUUAAUGAUCUUAAAGGAGGUUAUUAGGUUUUUUUUUCUUGGUUUUGUUCUUGCUGUUCGGUUAUUUGAUGCAAAACUUUUGUGAACUUAAUCUUAUUUGGAUGCAUUUGCAUCCAUAUUACUUUUGUUUUGAAGAGGUACUGCACUAGCAGAGAUGUUUAUUUAAUCACAUUUUACAUUAGAAACAAGGUUGUUUUUUGAAUGCAAAGUUAA